AUGUCCGCUACAAAUGAAAUCCUACAGGACAUAGCGGAUGCUGCACACCAGGAGAUCAAGGCUUUCUCCAGCGAGCCCUCUGCCAUCACAGACGACGCCCCAACCGAACUCGACAAGGUCAUUUUUGGUUCAGACUCAGAGGAGGCGCCAUUCGACAACCAGUCUAUCUCGUACCUUUCCGACACCAAUGAGAAUUUUGUCACGGUUCCCUCCAGUGGCACCUUGGUAAAGCUGGAGGAGUUUUCCGUGUUGGCGUUCUUGGUCAGAUGCGGCAUCAAUUUGGUCUUGCCGUUCAUUAACGGGAUCAUGGUGGGUUGCGGUGAGAUUCUCGCCCACGAAAUCGGGUUCCGUUACGGCUGGCGUGGUGCCAGAGUAGAGCCAUCGGCUCGAAUGGCCCAAAGGCAGCGCCAGAUUCAACAGCAAUCCAAGUUUUUGUAA